AUACCAUAUACGUAUCAAUGCGUCGUGAGUUAUCAUCUGUGACUAUUUAAACACUAUUAUUUAUCUCUUUUUUAAGGAAUUAAUUCUAAUUUUUAGUAAAUUAUUAUUACAGUGAAAGGAAGUGUAAUUAAUUAAAUUUUUGGUGAGCAAAAUGUUUGAAUUUAUGAGUCUUUAAACAUUUUAGAAUAAAUAAUAAUUGGAAUAAUGUUUGGAAGUGAAAUGCAACGAAAUUUCAUUUUGAACAGUAUUAGAAAUAUUCAUCAAAGUGCGAAAAUUCACAAAAAUAAAGAAAUUAAUGAAACUUUAAGUACUGAUGAGGCGAAAAAUGUUGAGAGACAGCAGAAGCCUUUGAAUAAAAGUGAAUUGUCACGGCAUCAUGUUAAUGUUAGACUAAUCGAUAAAUAUUUACUUGUGUGGUUUAAAAAAUAUAAAUCCAUCAAUGAUGUGCCAUCUCGGAUUCCAGAGGGAAUACUCGAUCAUAUUCACAGUAAAAGUCGUAUUCGAAUUGCAAAUAUUAUUAUGGUUUGUGGUUUAAUUCUUUGCGGAUGGGCAACGUGGAGUGGAAAAAAAUCCAUGGAAGAAGGUGAUUCAUUCACAAAACAAAUAGAGGAUCGUCACAAAAGAGUUCGUGAAGAAUAUUUACAAUCACAAGCAAAGCAGUCGAAAGACAGUUAAAUUAAUUUUUUUUUGUUUCUUUAGUACAAUUUUAUUUGUAAAAUGUUGUAAAAGAAGGUACUUUUAAAAAAAUUGUUUUUUAAUUCCAUGAUGUUUUAAAAUCCAUAAAAAACUUGUACAGUUUAUAUAGUCCUUAUAAUAAAUUAUUAAGUUUGAAUCGUCA